AUGAAUCUAGGUGCGGUAAUCAAUGCAACACCUGCUCUUAUAGAACAGCUUGGCAUUGCAUUCCUCGAAUUGGAAGGUUACAAGAAUGUUACCGAUGAUGAGGUCCAGUGGAAGGAGGUUGAAGAACACUUCCGCCACCUUGAGACAAUGAUGUGGAACAAAUAUUUAGAAAUAGAAGUUAGGGAGAAGACUUUUAGAGAAGAGGAAUCUGAGGCUCGAAAAUUACUUACUGAGAGGGAAGGAGCUGUUGCUGCUAAAGAGCAAGAUUUGUUGGAUCAGAUUCAGGAGCUUAAAGAUGCUGCUGUUGUUGCUAUUGUGAAGACACGGGCAGAUAACCAGCUGGUAUCUUUGGAGCCUAUGGAUGAUGGAGACAACAUAGAUGACCAGGUAAGCAGCCCUCUUGGUGAAAAUGCUGAAGGUGUGUCUGGCGAGGUUAAGCCUUGUCCAGAGCUGUUGCAAUUUUGCGAGCAGAUGGAUGCAAAAGGGCUUCUGAAUUUUACUAUGGAGAAUCAAAAAAAUAUACCUUCCCUUCGUCAUGAACUUCCUUUAGCACUUGAAAGUGCAGCUGAACCAGGCCAUCUGGUACUGGCUUCACUGGGGGAGUUCCUCCCUCCUGAUGACACCACCCAAGAAGGGGAUAAAAAUGAUGCUGCCCACCAGGGCAUGCUUCAAUCCUGUCUUAUGUUAAUGGAAGCCAUGGCCACCUUGUUGGCAAGGGCUGACCCAGGUGCUGAUCACCUUCUGAACCCCGAAAUUAAGCAGCAAGCCAAGGCCAUUGCUAAUGAGUGGAAGCCUAAGUUGGCUGGUGCAGGCAUCGAUGCUGCCAAUGGAAAUUCAUUGGAAGCCAAAGCAUUUUUGCAGCUCAUUGCAACUUUUAUGAUUGCUUCAGAGUUUGACGAAGAAGAACUCUGCAAGCUUGUUCUCGCAGUUUCUCACCACAGGCAGGCACCUGAGCUCUGCCGUUCUGUUGGGUUAACACACAAAGUGCCAGGUGUUGUCGAAGCACUGAUUGACAGUGGGAAACAAAUUGAUGCUGUCCAUUUCAUCCAUGCCUUCCAGCUUACCGAGAGUUUUCCACUUGUGCCGCUCUUGAAGGCAUAUUUGAAAGAUUUAAGGAGAAACUCACAAGGAAAGAAUGAUGCAAAUGCUCAAGAACUGGAGGCACUGAGGGCUAUAAUCCGAUGUGUUCAAGAUUACAAGCUUGAGGUUGAUUAUCCUCUUGAUCCACUUCAGAAAAGGGUUUCUCAGCUGGAGAAAUUAAAGCCUGAUAGGAAGAGGUCCGGCGACUCUGGUAAACACCACCAAUUCAAGAAGCCCCGAGCAAAUGGAGGAUUCUAUGGGUCCCGUGCACCUGUAGCCAGUACUGCUACUGCUGUUCCUGCUCCACCAGUUUUCGGGGGAAGGGCAACAUAUGCAGGAGUGACAACCUAUGAUUACCAAGCCGCUGGCCAAUCUGCAUAUGCUCAGCAAGCUUAUGAUCAAACAUCAUACUACUAUCCACAUAAUGACAUGGUUAAUGCCACCGCCUAUAAUGCGGCUCCAUCGACUUAUGGUACUUAUCCAAGCAGUGGAAUGCAGUCUACAUACCAGCCGUAUUAA